GCCACGAAAUUCAUGAUUGUCUGCACCAACAUCCAACCAAUGUUAAUCAACACCAACGAACCGACUUAAAGGCCCGGUCAAGACCCAGCUGGAUGAUCAGCUACAGCCACUUACAGGAUCAAACAGUUGUCCGCUAGCGGUUUAGAGCGUAACGGUGGGGUUUGGCCUGCAGGCCAUUAACAGUGAGAUGGUUGCAAUGAUGGCACUCACUCUUCCUCACCUCCGGCUUGAUUCAGCUGAAUGGCCUCAACGUUGAGAACUUGGGGUGAACAACACCAACAAAUCCUCUUUAUACUACCCACAAGAACAGCCGGGAUUCAUCUUUCAACUUUCCCGUAUCUUUCGUAAGCCCACAACAAUGGAGUCCCUCGCCCAGAACCUGGACCAUCUAACCAUCACCUCCCACCCCCCCUCCUCAUCAUUCUCCUCCUCUUCCUCCUCCUCCAUCCCCGCGUGGAUCCCCUCAUGCUUCGCCUCCAGAGCCAGAGCAGCAGCAGCCGCAGCCAAUAACAAACAUACAAACCAAGAUGACGAUGACCAAAUGGACCUCGACCUCGACCUCGACCCAGCAGCCCUCCCCAAAAACACAGUCCUCCACAAUCACUCCUCAGCUUCCCCCACUGAAUUCACCGAAGCCGUUUGGGGCAACCGCGUCUUCAACCGCCGCCGUGACUACUCCCUCACCCCCCAUGUGCACGCCGUCGUUGUCCGUCCGCGCUCUACAGUCGAAGUCAUCGCCGCCGUAGAGUACGCCAAGGCCACAGGCAAGCGGGUGAGUGUGCGGAGCGGCGGGGGACAUAGUUGGGCGGCGUGGAGCGUGAGGGGGAGCGGGGAUGCGGUGUUGGUUGAUUUAUGUGAGUUGGGAUUGCCGGAGGGACUACCACCAAAAGCAACGACGGGUGAUUAUGAACAUCAUCAUGGUGGGGGAUAUUACGGGGAGACGGAGGAGUUGUUGAGGGAUGGGGCGGAAAGGGGACCGGCGGAUGGAUGUGUUUGGUAUGAUGAAGAGUCAGAAGUGGUGGCGUGUCCGCCGGCGAUGACGGGACGGGAACUCAAUGAUUUUUUGGCGAGGAAGGGCGGAAGCUCAGGGAGGAUGUUUGCAGGGGGAGAUUGUCCUGAUGUUGGGCUGGGAGGGUUUUUGUUGCAGGGGGGGAUGGGGUGGAAUUGUAAGAACUGGGGCUGGGCAUGUGAAUCCGUCAUCAGUAUGGAAGUCGUGACAGCAGAUGGUCAACACUUGCUCAUCAACAAAGACUCCUACCCGGACCUCUUUUGGGCAGCACGCGGAGCAGGUCCCGGGUUCCCAGCCAUCGUCACGCGGUUCUACCUCCUCACUCGGCCACUUCUGGAGAUGUACCAAAGCCUGUACUUCUACCCUGUCUCACUCUUCAAGAAAGUCCUGCAAUGGGAAAUCAACAUCGCACCAACCUGCGACCCAGGCAUGGAAAUAGUCUGCGUCUCUUCCCACCUGCGCACCUCCUCCAACCCAUGCAACCUCAAAGACUCAGACUACGACCCCGAACCCACCAUCCUCGCCUCCUUCACCCUCUUCACCACCUCCCGCUCCUCCGCCCUCGCCGCCCUGCAACCCAUCCACGACCUCCACCCGCCCGGCACCAAACACCUGAUCUUCUGCCAACCUACUUCCCUCACGCAGGAGUACACCCAGCAGUUGUUGACCAACCCGUUAGGGCAAAGGUAUUGCUCUGAUAACGCUUAUAUUUCUAAUGAUGAUUUGUCGUCUUUCACCCCUUCUUCCUCCCCUUCCUCCCCUUCUGAGCAGCCUUCUGGGGCCGGAUCCUCCUCAUCCGGCUUUGCACACGAGGCUAGUACGGAAUCUAUAUCAGUCCCCGACGUCCUCGAACAAGCUUUCACAACCUUACCAACAGUCAAAUCCUCCGCCCUCUGGUUCUCCAUGACCCCCCGCUCCCGCUCCCGCUGCCCGCUCCUCGAUCCCCAGGGAGAACCAAUGGCCCCCUCGAUGCAGUCGGAUCACUACUUUGCCGUUUACACCAUCUGGUCGGACGCUCGAGAUGACGAGCGGUGUACGAGGUGGGUUAGGGAUAUUUUUAGCGGGGUGGAAAAGGUGAGGAGGGCGCGGUUUUGGAGUGAUGAGUGUGCGAGAAAGCUGAAAGAGGUUAGGAGGAGAAAGGCGGAUGAGGAGGUUUUGGGGAAUGGGGGUGGGUGGGUUUGA